AUGUCGUCAUCGUCGCCACCGCCGGCGGGGGCUGCCAGCGCCGCCAUCUCGGCCUCGGAGAAAGUGGACGGCUUCACCCGGAAAUCGGUGCGCAAGGCGCAGAGACAGAAGCGCUCGCAGGGCUCGUCUCAGUUCCGCAGCCAGGGCGUCCUGGCGGAGCUGCUCCCCUUACCCCAGCUCAAAGAUGCCACAUCAAAUGAACAACAAGAGCUUUUCUGUCAGAAGUUGCAGCAGUGUUGCAUACUGUUUGAUUUCAUGGACUCUGUCUCAGACUUGAAGAGCAAAGAAAUUAAAAGAGCAACACUAAAUGAACUGGUUGAGUAUGUUUCAACUAAUCGUGGUGUAAUUGUUGAAUCAGCGUAUUCUGAUAUAGUAAAAAUGAUUAGUGCUAACAUCUUCCGGACCCUUCCUCCAAGUGAUAACCCAGAUUUUGACCCAGAAGAAGAUGAGCCCACACUUGAGGCCUCUUGGCCUCAUAUUCAAUUGGUGUAUGAAUUCUUCUUGAGGUUUUUGGAGAGUCCUGAUUUCCAGCCUAGCAUUGCAAAGAGAUAUAUUGAUCAGAAGUUUGUACAGCAGCUCCUGGAGCUUUUUGAUAGUGAAGAUCCCAGAGAACGUGACUUUCUGAAGACUGUUCUACAUCGAAUUUAUGGGAAAUUUCUUGGAUUAAGAGCAUUCAUCAGAAAACAAAUUAAUAACAUUUUCCUCAGGUUUAUAUAUGAAACAGAACAUUUCAAUGGUGUUGCUGAACUCCUAGAAAUAUUAGGAAGUAUUAUCAAUGGCUUUGCAUUGCCACUGAAAGCAGAACAUAAACAGUUUCUAAUGAAGGUUCUUAUUCCUAUGCAUACUGCAAAAGGAUUAGCUUUGUUUCAUGCUCAGCUAGCCUAUUGUGUUGUACAGUUCCUGGAAAAAGAUACAACAUUAACAGAACCAGUGAUCAGAGGAUUGCUAAAAUUUUGGCCAAAAACAUGCAGUCAGAAAGAGGUGAUGUUUUUAGGAGAAAUUGAAGAAAUCUUAGAUGUCAUUGAACCAACACAGUUCAAAAAAAUUGAAGAGCCACUUUUUAAACAAAUAUCCAAGUGUGUGUCCAGUUCUCAUUUUCAGGUUGCAGAAAGGGCAUUAUACUUCUGGAAUAAUGAGUAUAUUCUUAGUUUGAUUGAGGAGAACAUAGACAAAAUUCUGCCAAUUAUGUUUGGCAGUUUGUACAAAAUCUCCAAAGAACACUGGAACCCGACAAUUGUAGCACUGGUAUAUAACGUGCUGAAAACGCUAAUGGAAAUGAAUGGCAAGCUUUUUGAUGACCUUACUAGCUCAUACAAAGCUGAAAGACAGAGAGAGAAAAAGAAGGAAUUGGAACGUGAAGAAUUAUGGAGAAAGUUAGACGAGCUAAAGUUAAAGAAAGCUCUAGAAAAGCAGAACAGUGCUCUAGAAAAGCAGAACAGCCCUUACAAUAUAAACAAUAUUCUCAGCAAUUCAAGUGCUGAUUAA